AUGUCUAAUUAUGUUCUAGGCGUACAUACAUACUACGUGAAAAGUCUUAUUAAAUAUCCAUCCUGUCGGUUGAAUUCAUUACGAGGUUUACAACACUACUUGUCCAAUAAUGUAUCGUCGUCAUCAUCAUCAUCAUCAUCCUGUCUAAUCAUCAAUAUUCGUUCAAAAGGUGGAAGUUCUCAGAGAUGGCUUGCACGUCAGCGUUCUGAUCCAUUUGUUCAACGUUCACGAAUUGAAAGCUACAGAUGUCGUAGUGCUUUCAAACUCUUACAGUUGAAUGAUAAAAUUCAUAAUGGACUAUUUAAACCUGGUGAUAUUGUAGUUGAUUGUGGUGCUGCACCAGGAUCUUGGUGUCAAGUUGCUUCAUCUUUUAUCAAUCCUAAUCGUGGUACUAGUGUUAAUGAUCAUAGUAAACAGUCUGGUGUAGUUAUUGCGUUUGACUUGUUAGAUUUUGCACCAUUACCUGGUGUUAUCUCUUAUUCAGGUGUUGAUUUAAACAAUUGGUCAGAAUGCAUAAAUUUGAUCAAUCAAUCAGCUGUAAGCCAUUUGGACAAAAGCCAUAAUAAUGAUAAUAAUAACCGACAACUUCAUGAUGGACGGAAAUUCCUUCCAUGCGUAGAUGUUGUUCUAAGUGAUAUGGCUCCAAAUAUCACGGGAAUACGAGAUAUUGAUAUACCAGCUAUGAUGAAAUUAGCUGUGAGUGUAUUACGAGUGGCAACUAGUGUUUCAAAAUUAGGCGCCAGUCUUGUAAUCAAAUUAUUUGAUAGUCCAGAAGCAAUAGAAUUUAAAGAAAAAGUUUCUCAAUUUUAUAUGUAUAAUUCAAAUUUAUUGUCAACUAAAUCUUCAUUUAUACGUUUUAUAAAACCACAAGCUAGUCGAAAAGAAUCAUCUGAGAUAUAUUUAGUCGCUAGAGGUUUUCAAUUGCCAGAAAAUAUAGAAAAGAAUUAG